UAAAUACUUAAGGCGGAAGGACAAAUCUUCACUUUAAGUCAUUAUAGUGAAGAAUAUAGAUAUAGAAUGUAGAAUAUAGGUUAUUCUGAUGGAGCACUGGGGUGACAAAGAUACAAAAAUAGCCGACUAGCAUGAUUUUUACAGACUGUUGCCACGAGAGUAACAACUUCCUGUUGGUGUCCAUGUUUUUUUUUUUAAUAUGUAUUUAAUCCAUCAUCUUUGGCUUUUUGCUGUCUCGUGACGCUCCUCCACCGGGAGCGCGCUCGCGGACACGCACGAGGCAAAGCGUCUCUUUGGUUUCCACGGCAACGCCACCACAACUCAACACGCACCAGGAGAUCCGCCUCUCUCCCGGCUGUAGGUUUUGGCCCCCCAAGAAAUCCACCUUUAACCCCGACCAAGGUACAUUUUGACCUCCUUUGUGUCCACUGGAACUCUUUGGGCUUCUUGGCGGUGGACAGGAGAGCCAAAGAGACGAGAUGGACAAUAGCUGUCCCACGCCCCCCCGCCUGUCUCCGUGCCCCAUCGCUUUGGGAGGCCCCUUCUCCCUCUCCCCGCCAGGCCACCACAUCUCCCUCCCUCUGUCGCCCAUCUCCUUCCCGCCGUCCCCAACCUCCCUUUCUCCGGCAACAGCGGAUUCUCUCCGGUCCUCUUCGUCGCCUCUUUCCAACUGCUCGGCGUCCCAUCACCCGGAAGCGGGACCUCCUCCGAUCACCUCAGACCAGGACGACCUGACCUGCCUCAGCUGGCUGCAUCAGCGGGGAAACCUGCUCCCCCUGCAGCCACUUUCCAAAGCCCCAACGCCGCUGGCUCAGCUGGAGUCAACCGGCCAGCAUCCCGCGUCCGCUAAGCCACCGUACUCCUUCAGUAGUCUCAUCUUCAUGGCCAUAGAGGACUCGCCCGACAAGAGGCUCCCGGUGAAGGACAUCUACGGGUGGAUCGUGGACAAUUUCCCCUACUACAGGACCGCCAGCGCCGGAUGGAGGAACUCGGUGCGCCACAACUUGUCCUUGAGUAAAAGCUUCUGUCGCAUGGAGAGGGACAAAAGUCAGUCGGUGGGGAAGGGGUCUCUGUGGUGCGUGAGUCCGGAGCAUCGAGCGGCGCUGCUGGAGGUUCUCCGGAAGACGCACACGUUCCACGGCGCCAGCAGGAACCUCACCAGCGAGCCGCCCCUGCUGGACGGAGUGGACUACGGCGUCUCGGCGGCGUGCGACUCCAUGGACAUGUCAGAUUCCCUGUCCCCCUCCCUCAUGCUGACCCCCAGCCUGGCCUCCGACAAUCCAACUUUUGACGAGCACCCGGAUUUUCCUUUGACCCCGGAUCACGAGGAGCUGGUGGCCAUCGAGCCGGUGGAAUACCAGCAAGAGGAGCUCGGCGGGGACUUGGAGAAAGACCCCCUGUCCGACAGCGGCUACAUCGAGUUGCAUUACUACCAGUCUCAAGAGUACCAGUACCUGGUGUUGCCCGACGACAGCGAGCUGGACCUGGAGACCGUGGAGAUCCUCCAGCUGGACGCCGAGGCCCAGGAGGCUGCCGGGUCGCUCCUGGACCUGGCGGGGGGUGGAUAUUAAGAUAUUCAUAUCCACGGAUUGGAUCUUUGUUGCCUCUAUUCUUUGUGACCAAGGCACUGCCCCGGUGAUUUAGAUGUACUAGUAGUACUAGUAGUACUAGUAGUCAGCACUUUUUGGAGUAUUCCUAAUUGUAUUUCAUUCUCAGGUCUGGAAGAUGUGCUUCCAACUAUUUCUUCAUAUUAUGUCCUACGGUUACAUCAUGUAUUCAUUAUACUCAUGUACGUCAUAACGCCUUCAAGUAGCCUAAAUAUCGGGCUGCUCGGAGCGUGUACCCGAAUACAGUGCACCUUGGAAGUGAUGCGCUAGUAAUUAUAUCAUGAUAGUUAGUGUACACGUACACCGUAUGGCUUUUUCUGGAGUGGAAAACCCCAGGUUUGAAGUUAUAAAAUAUAUAUAAUACUAACUUUUGUUAGUAUAGUAUAGUAGUAUAGUCCUAACACUUAACUGUGACCUCAAUUUAUAAUUAAAAAAAAAAAACAAGCCCACAAUGACCCGUUCAUGCUGCAACGACUGACUAGAGAAUAGUAUAUUUUCAUGUAUUUAUCUUUUAUUUGGCUUUCAUUCAGGAUUGGUCCUUAUUUCAUACUCGGUCAUCGUGUGGAUUGUUAUUCAAUGUCCGUAUUGUUCUAUAAAAUUUGAGACUGUGAGUAUAAAGGUGUUUAUUUAUGAAUAUCUUGUACAUACACUUCCAUAAGAAUGACACUGCCAUCUCAGGCUUCAGGGUCAUCUCCGCUGGUCACCUCGAUUGUAUUUUUUUAAUCUAACUAAUUAAA